AAAAGACUGCUGGCUGGGCGUCCGGUGCGCGCACGAAAACGGGAAGCGCCGCAGGUAGGGGCAGCCCCAACACCUCAUCAUGGCCUCCCUCGUGGCGACGGCCCAGACGGGCGACGCCCAGCUCGAGGACCUCCGCAGCAAACUGGACGGCCUGCUGCGCGACGCCGACGCCUACGGGAAGAUCCGGGAGGCGCUCGACGACGCCGGUGCCAAGGAGAACCGCGGCCAGGGGCUGCAGAAGGACGCCCUGCUCCGGCGGCUCAUGGCGGCCGCCGAGCGGAGCCCGGCGCCGGAGCUGCUCGGCGGCUCGGACAGCACGCGCGGGGCGCCGGCGGGCGACGUCCUCGCGCUGAAGAUCGACGUCAAGGGCGGCGCGGCCUUCGUGGCCGAGCUGGCCGAGACGGACGGCGUGUCGCGCGCGGUGCGGGCGCACCUCGCGUUCGACCGCCAGCGCGCGUCGACGCGGCUGGCCGCGGCGCGCGUCGACCCGGAGCUGCGGGGCUGCUUCUUUUUUGAAAUUGCGCGGCCCGCGCCGAAGACGCCCGGCGCCUGGCGGAAGCUGAUCCAGGGCCGGGCGUCGUCGCUCCGGAUCGCGGUGACGCGGGAGCGCGUGGGCAACGCGCUCUCGCACAAGCGCGAGCUCGUGGCCACGGCGUCCCUGGACUGGCGCAAGGCGCUCCUGGACCGGGGCGGCGCGCGGUCCAUCGCGCUCAAGGCGGCCGGGCCCGACGGCGUCGACGGCGAGGUCGCGACGCUGGACGUGGCCCUUGACGUGGUCGCCGUCGGUGGCGCCCUGGACCUGCCCUUCCAGCCCGACGACGUGGAAGACGCGAUGCGCAAAGCGAGGAGCGAGCACGCCGAGGCCGCGCGGGCCUUUUACCUCUACGCGAAGCAGUGGUGGGACGGCUUCGCCAAGGGGGCCGGGCGAGAUUUGCAGCAGCGGGAAGUCAAGCUCUUUGCCCGCGACGAAGCCGGCGAGAUGCGGUGCGUCUGCUCGUACGUGCACCCGCUCCGCGCGAACCGCGUGCUCGACGGGCCGCACCAGGCGGCGCGCUUCGUGUCGCUGCUCCCGCUCGAGAAGGCGGGCAGCGUCGCCGGCGGCAACGCGGACACGUGGCACACGCCGCUCGCCACGUGCGCGCGGGGCUCGGGCGACGUCUGGGACCACGCGACGCUGCUCUGCUCGCUGCUGCGCGGCUACGGGCUCGACGCGCGCGUCUGCGUGGGGAGCAUGUCGGACGGCCGCGGCGGCGCGCAGCCGCACGUCUGGGUCGCGACGUUCCUGCGGACGUCCGUCGACGCGUCGGGCCGGGCCCGGCUGCGCGUGACGGCCUGGGAGAGCGCGACGGGCCGGCGGUGCUCGCUCGCGCCGCUCGACGCCCAGGCGCGCGAGCGCUACCUGAGCGUCGCGUGCGUCUUCGGCGACGACUCGUUCCACGCGAACAAGCAGCCGUCGGACGCGAUCCUGCGCUGCUCCUGGGACCUCGAGGACGCGAACGCCUGGCUCGCGCUCGACCCGCGGCGUCUGGCGGCGCUGGAGAACAACGCGGCGAAGGGCGCCAUGGCGGACUUCGGCCUGGCGGCGCCGCUGCGGGACCCGCGCGCCAUGGAGCUCGAGAUGGAGCGCGACCUCAAGGCCCUCAUCGAGCGGCACCGCGAGGCGUCGCGCGGCCUGAGUACGCACUGGGACGCGGACCUGGGCUACAUGCUCCAGCCGUCGCUCGCGGCCUACGAGCAGGAGCGCGUCACGGGCCACGCCGUCGACCACGCGGACUUCCAGGACGCCGUGCGGCGCCGCGUGCCGCGGGGCCACUGCUUCAAGGGCUUCCCGACGUGCUUCCCGCACGCGCACGCGGGUCGCGCGCUCGCCGCGCUCGAGCGCGGCGACCUGAGCCGCGACGUGCUCGACACGCAGGGCGAGCAGGUCACGCACGCGCUCCGCGUGCGCGUCUUCCCCUACGCGGAGAACGUGUGCGCCGUCUGGGUCAUGCUCGCGGUGCACUACAAGAAGGCGACGUAAGCACUACGGGGCGGGCCUAAGCAUCCCCCAUA